CUAUCUUUUGGUAUCGCAUUGGAAAUAUGGAUUUGAAAGACGUAAAGUUUGGAGAUGAAAUGAAGGAUGAGUUUCUCUUGGAUAAAUCAUGUGCUUUUGUAAACCAUGGAUCGUAUGGGCCAACUCCUAAGAGAGUGGUGGAACAGAAAGUCAAGUUCAUAUAUGAGCAAGAAGCGCAGCCCGACCUCUGGUUCCGAUUCAACCUGGAAAAAUACUACGAUGCUUCUCUCACAGCUGCUGCGGAAUUUCUUGGAGUUAAAAAAUCGAACUUGGUGCUUGUUGACAAUGUGACUACAGGCAUCAACACUGUGGUGAAAUGCUUGAAAUUUGAGCCUGGAGAUCAGAUAUUGAUCCAUACUCACACUUACAAUGCAGUUAAGAAUAUCGCUGACGAACAAGAGGACUUUAUCAAAGGUGUUAAAGUUGUCACUGCUGAAAUCCCACUUCCCAUAAAAUCUGAGGAUGACUUGGUAGAUGUUUUCCGCAAAGCAUUGGAUGAAAAUCCCAAGAUCAAACUUGCAGUUCUGGACCACAUAACAAGUCCGUCAGCUAUAAUAUUUCCUGUUGAAAAACUGACCAAGUUAUGUCGUGAACGAGGCGUCCUAACAUUGAUAGAUGGUGCUCAUGCACCUGGUCAAAUAAAACUCAAUGUUGCCAAAAUUGGAGCUGACUUUUAUUCAGCAAACUUUCAUAAAUGGUGUUACGUGCCCCGUUCAUGUGGAUUUAUUUGGUUUUCUGAUGACUUCCACGGCCAGCUACGCCCUCUAGUGACGUCACAUGGAUACAAACACUCAUUGGACGACCAGUUUAACAAUCUUGGAACCCGGGACAUUUCAAGUUACUUCUGCAUUCCCCACGCUCUUAAGUUUUAUAAAGAGAUUGGUGGCUUGGAAGCCAUUCAAGCUCAUGGCAGAGAACUCACCAAAUUUGCUGCUAAAAUUCUCUGUGAAGCCCUUGGCACAGAAGAGUUAGACAUUCCGGAUUCCAUGAGGGCUCCUUGCAUGACAACUAUCAGAUUGCCUUUGAAAAAACCUGCAAAACUUGAAGAAAUUUGGGAUUUGACGAAAGAUUUUUAUACAAAAUAUGGGAUGCAGGCAUGUUUCAAUUAUUGCAAUGAAACAACAUUUCUACGUUUGUCCUUUAAUGUGUACAAUUCCAAAGCAGACUAUGUCGCUAUCAAAGAAAGCGUUGUUAAAUUUGUUAACGAAGACCUGAAACAUUUAAAGCUGUUGAAAAAAGUAAAUUCAGUAUUUUUCAAUUCUAUGAUGGUGCAUGGUGACUUGUUUCUCAACUGAAAUUAAAAAACUUAUGUGGUGUAUUCAAACAUGCUACUAAUUCAGAUUCCCAUGCCCGGAAAAUAUUCAUUGACCAUUCAAUGAUUCAAAGUGCUUUUUUUUCAUGUGUGUUUGGAAAAUUCACAGCAGGAAAUUUCGUCGUAGGAAAUCUCGGCGCAAGAAAUUUUGCCACAUAGGAAAAUUUGUUGCAUGAAAAAUUGCCGCAAAAGCAUUUUGCUGUAAAACAAGUAUUUGUGAUAAAAACAGUUAUGUUUAUAGGGUUAGAGUAUGCUCCUGACUAACGAAUCUCUUUUAAAUAAAAAGGUACUUCAAAGAACUUAAUUGUUUUUGUCACGAAUACACGUUUUACAGCAAAAUGCUCUUGCGGC